AAGAAGCCCAAAACCUUACCUCCCAAACAGAGAAACUUCUUAGACCAUUGCAGUGACCUUCAGCUCGCACAGUGCCAUUCAUGGCAGCGCAACCUCUGCGGCGGCGGUGAGCAUAGCAGGCACGGCGGUGGUUCGUAUUUCCAAACGCAUCAAGCGAAAUCAACGAUGGCUCUCUUAAUCAAACCUUGCCUCCUUCUCUGCCUUCUUCUUCUUCUUCUUCUCUUGCUUCCGAUUCCGUCGCCGGCGGCGGGCGCAGAAGAAGAAGAGUUUUCCGAGGAAUUGCUACUGAAGCCGUUACCCGAUCGCAAAGUACUCGCGCAUUUCCAUUUCCAAAGCGAAGCUCCUCUCGCUGAACACUCCUUCGCCCGUCACCACCAUCUCUUCCCCAAAUCGAUUGCGCAACUGGUUAAGAAAUUUCAUAUUAAAGCAAUGGAGUUAUCUUUCACACAAGGUCGGUGGAACUAUGAAAGAUGGGGUGGAUUUGACCCAAUAUCAAGCCGCAAUGCUAAGCCUCCUGGAGUUGAAUUGUGGGCUGUCUUUGAUGUCCCUCUAGACCAGGUUGAUGCUUCUUGGAAAAAUUUAACCCAUUCUCUGUCAGGUCUCUUCUGUGCUUCAAUCAACUUCCUAGAGUCUUCUACCUCUUAUUCUGCUCCUAAAUGGGCAUUUCAAUCAGCUUUAGGCAGUUUAAGAUAUGGUACACUGCCACGAGAAGCUGUCUGCACUGAGAAUCUUACUCCGUGGUUGAAACUCCUUCCUUGUAGAGAUAAAGCUGGCCUCUCUGCCUUAAUGGAUAGACCAUCCAUUUACAGAAGCUUCUACCACUCUCAGCGAUUGCACUUGUCAAUAUCCGGAGCUUCUGCAGAUGGGUUAGAUUCACAAGUUAUCCUAGAACAAACUCUUACAGUUGUACUUCAGCCAAAUAUUCAGAGAGCUGGUAUGAACUAUCUCAGUGAAACAAAGAUACAACCUAGCUGGUCUCUGAGUUCAAUAUUUGGGAGAAAAAUCAAUGGAAGAUGUGUUCUUGCCAAGUUGAGUAAUGUCUAUCUUCAACUUGAGAGAGGUCUAGUUGCUCAAAUUGAGAAUCUCCAGAAGAAUACUGCUGUAUAUGCUGCUAAUGACUCAGGUCCAGACGAUUUUAGAAGGAAUAUUGGCUUUGAAUUAUCUGUUAUGCCUGACAGGGUGCAUAGAGAAGUGGAAAAGAGCUCCUCAAUUCUAUAUGAAUAUCCAAUCAAAGAGUAUAAAGACACUGAACAAUUUGAUUUAGGAUUAACAUGGAAGCAUCCAGUUGUUUGGUCCAGCCCACAUGCACCUUUAUACGCCAGUAGAUUUUUAAUGGGGAGUGGAAAUGAAAGAGGUACGAUUUCAAUAUCCAUGAAAUCAACAGAAUUGAGUCAGGGCUUCAUUGCGACCAAUAAUACUGGUGAGAGGUGUAAGUUGCAAGUUAAUGUUCUCCAAAUUGUGCCUUGGUAUAUUAAGGUAUAUUAUCAUACGUUACAGUUAUUAGUUGAUGAAAGGAUUCAAGUAGUCUCAGAUUUUGUUGAGAGAAUGCGUGUUUCACCCUCUGAAGACAAAGUAUCGACAGGGGUGAUGGAGCUGGUUCUCAGAUUUCCUUGUGAAGUAAAGUCAGCUUUAUUAAAUAUAGAGUUUGAUAAGGGAUUCUUGCACAUUGAUGAAUACCCUCCAGAUGCUAAUCAAGGAUUUGACAUUCCCUCAGCAAUAAUAAGCUUUCCUGACUUCCAUGCUGGUUUGCAAUUUUCUGAUGACUCUAUAAGCAAGACACCAAUGUUGUCUAAAUUACAGGAAAAGAGCCCUGUUCUCUCUUACACAGAAGUUUUGCUUGUACCAUUGACAACUCCUGAUUUCAGUAUGCCUUAUAAUGUCAUUACAAUCACAUGCACAAUUUUUGCAUUGUAUUUUGGAUCUUUGCUAAAUGUACUCCGGAGACGAGUUGGAGAGGAGGAAAGACUUUUGAAAAACAAAGAUGCAACCAAAGGUGCGUUCCUUCGUCGAGUAUUAACUAAAUUAUCUUCCAAGCUUAGAGGGAGAUCACCGGAAUCUACUCAACCACGAUCAUCAUUAUCCUUCAUUACUCCAAAAUUGAUUCUUAGAGUACUAGUGGUUGCAGGAAUUGCAGUUGCAUGGCACUACUACUCGCAAUGAUAGCAUCCAACUUUGGUAGUUUUAGGUGUACCAUAUUCAGAUUGCAUGUAAUUUUUGUACAAUACAAGCCUUUCUUCCACAUCUUGACGCUCUUGCCUUCAUGUUUGCUUUUUAAUUGAUCAGAACAACACAUGAUUACAUGUAACGCAUGUAAAUUAAAAAAUUGGUUAUAAACAAAUUUUUGUCCAUCUGAUUUUUUAUUGGUAAUAGAAAUUGUUCUAAAUUUUGUUUAA